UCGUCGAGGAGUUGGACAGUGAUGAUGCGGAUAUACACGCCAAUAGGUUGGCGCUUACACUGAGUAAUAGACGGUAUGCUAGCGAAGAACUUCGAUUUACGGGUAUAGAUAUGGGUGGUGGUCGGUCGCGGAACAAAUAUGCCUAUCAACAUUCAGACGAUGACGACAAUUCGUCUGAGAAUGAUACUCAACCAUCGACAGAGAGCGAUACAGAAGAUGAGGAUAGAGCGGAGAUGGAAAAUGCUUUGGUGCAAUCAGCUUUGGCCCGGAUACGGAAGGCAAAGGCCAAAGGCAGGCAUGAUGUUAAACUGAAUAAGGGAGAGCUGGCCGCUUUAGACCGAAGACGAAAACGUCUCCAGGCUGAAGCCGAAUCUUCCUCGAAGAAAAAGGGCAAAGGCCGCAAACGAAAGAAGGGGAAGGAGGAUCGAGUUGCUGUUCCACUCUCCCAGCUUGAUCCCGCUCCCCCCUCUCCCUUUGAUUAUCAAUACGUCUCCCCUCGACGUCACGCUUCAGAUACUGGAAGGCCAUCGUCCUCUGCGAAUAGCCUUCUGCGUGACGAAGACUUGAAUGCACCGGAUCCUUUCCAGUAUCAAACAGCUGGUCCCUCUGAAUCGUAUCCUACUAGUGCUUUGGCAUACGGAGAGUUGGUACCAGAAGACGAUUCGAGCAACGAUGGUCGUGUACAGCUUAAGAAUCUGGAAGACGUCCUUGCAGUCGAAGGAAAGACCCCCGAGCAAGAGCAUGGACGCUCCAAAGGGAAGAAAACUUCAUCCCGGAAUUCUGUCAGUAGUGGUGGCAGCCGGAGACGACAUGACAAAUGAGAGAGGCAUGGACGGGCUUAACUGGAUAUCAAUCUCCAUGUAGUGUCGGGCUUCUCACCCAGCGACCUUCCAUACCACAAUACCAUUUCUUAUGCCUUCAAGAGGAAUGAUUUGCAUUUGAAGCAAAGUGACAGUGUUCAAGCUAGUUAUAUCACAUAGAUUCUA